AUGGCUCUCGGCUUCGUCCCCAUCGCCCACAUCGUGGCUGUUGUCUUCAGCAUAAUAGAACUCGGUCUGACAGGCUACGUUGUCAGCCUUUACGACGGCACCUACAACAAUGGCUAUUACUGGACUGGAAGCUGGUCGCCUGAUCGCGUCAACUUCAUGCUGUUCAACUCAAUCUGGUCACUGCUCGUCCUAGCAUACAUCGGCAUCACACCCCUCUACCUCACCAGCAUCUUCCACAAGCUCGCUGCUCUGGCUCUGGAGGCUAUCACGAUGAUCUUCUGGUUCGCCGGCUCCGUCGCCCUGGCUGUCUUUAUUGGUGUGCCCAGGUGUCACGGAAACAGCUGGUGUGGAUCGCUGCAGGCCGCUGUCGCGUUUGGUUUCUUCCUGUGGGCCAUCUUCCUCUUCCUCAUGGUUCUUGACACCAUCGAGGCCAUGCGGUCCCGCCGCCACUCCACCAAAACCCACAACCACACCAAACCCUACGCGGGCGCUUAA